AUGUGGUUCAUUGGAAAGAUCAGAGAGAGCAUGGAGAGCAUCCCUCUUGAGCUGAGCCGUUACAUGGGGAAGAGUGAAGAGGAUAUCUGUCUGCCUUCUAUGACAAGUCUGUCUCACAACCUCCCUUACAACAUCCUCACUCCAGACAAGAUCCCAGAGUUCUGCCUGCCACCACGGCUUUGCAAAAGAAACCUACUGCAGGAGGCAGAUACAAAGACACUGUCCCGGCGUGGUCAGACACAUGAGAGUAGCACUUCUCCAAGGACUGCCUAUGGAAAGGUAAAGAAGAAUGGUGACGUGUUUGUAGCUUUGACAGCUACAAAAAAGCCUUUGCCAUUCUCAGCUGAAGCAUAUGGCCUGGCUGGGAUGUAUGAAAGUCCGAACACACGAAGGAAAGAGUCGUUGUUCCUCUCAAAAUGCCCUGUUUACAAGUUUGAUAGAAGCAUCCCUACAGCACUGCCCAAACUGGCAGAGAAGAACCAGACAAAGAAAACUUUAACUGGUUUCUUUCCUUUGUUUUUAAGCAAAAGCCUGUCAGAGACAGGAAGCACAGAAAGUGAAGCGCAGUCUUCCAGUGAUUCUUCCCCCUUAAGUUCACCUUAUAGUGAUAAACCCUCCCUCGACAGCGGCCAUCUCAAAGGAGCAACAUCCUGUCCUUCUUUGAAUGACAACAGGGAGGAAAGAGGGAGAUGGAAGAAGAAUAAAGGUGUUUUAAGUCUGACCUCUUCUCCUUGUAGUCCUCCAAACCUAGACAGAAGGUGCCUGUCCUCAGCUUGCAGCCAGGAUAGACUUCAGCAAGAGUACGUCCUCCCUUUGCAAGGAAGAGGUAGGGUGCAUCUCCUUGCUGAGCUCAUUACAUCCUCCAAUACUCACUCGCCCUCUUCCACAGUCAGAGUUCAUGUGAUGUCUGUAGAAGGGGUGUAUAACGGCACCAACCGACUGGCCAUGAACUGCGCGCUGAAUCUGUGUCUGACCCCUGGGAUGCUGCAGCCGCAGGAGAGCGCCACCACGAGGGACAGCCGCUGCCCUGUGUUUAAUGAGGAUUUCUUCUUUACAGAGCUCAGUAAAGAGGAUCUGACGGAGCUGCAGCUCAGGUUAAAAGUGGUGGAUAAACCUGUAGGUUCAGCACAGAGGAGGGGGACUGUGAUCGGAGUGGUCAUAAAACCGCUGGCUAAGUUACUCCGUCUUCAACAACGGUAG